AUGCAUCUCACAUCAACCCUCACAACCCUCUCCCUCGCCCUCCUCUCCCUCGCAUCAACAACCACGGCCAAAAUCCCGCAAUCCGCCUACCGCAUGCCCCAGCGCGAGCGCACCGCCGACCCCACAAACCCAGCAUUGACAUGGCACGUCUCGCACUUUGCCCUGGGCUGCUCGCCCGGCGGCUGCGUCUACAGCUUCAACAUCCUCGGCCACGCCUCGCAAAACACACCGGGCUUUAACACGACGUGCAACGGCACCAGCACGCAGGACGACUAUGCCCCCUGCAAGGACGCCGGCAUCCUUGCGCAGAUUGAACCCGCCACCUACCCUAACUGGACUGUCUCCGUGGAGCACCAGUGGCGCGAGGGCAUGUUUGAGGAGUUCUAUGCGUUCGGCGAGAAGAAUGUCAGUGUUGCUAGCAACUCGACGGGGACGUUUACGAUUCCCGUGGGGAGUGUUUACGGGGUUGCUUAG